AUGGACCAUGUUAUAACUAAACUAUUUUUGAAGAGGGCUACUCAGUGUUACAGUUCAGAGGAAGAAGAAAAGGUAACUGGAGGCUCCAGCGGAAUUGGAAAAUGUAUUGCUAUUGAAUGUUAUAAACAAGGUGCUUUCAUAACACUGAUUGCAAGGGAUGAGAACAAGCUGCUGCAGACAAAGAAGGAAAUAGAGAAGUAUUCAGUUAAUGACAAGCAGGUUGUACUAUGUAUUUCUGUUGAUGUAUCUAAAGACUAUGAACAGGUGGAGAAUGUUCUAAAACAGGCUCAGGAGAAGCUUGGACCAGUUGACAUGCUUGUAAACUGUGCAGGAACAUCAAUUACAGGAAAAUUUGAGGAUAUUGAAGUGAAUUGUUUUGAAAGAUUAAUGGCAGUCAAUUAUCUGGGUAGCGUUUACCCGAGUCGAGCAGUAAUCGCUACCAUGAAGGAACGAAGAAUGGGGAGGAUUGUGUUUGUAUCAUCUCAGGCUGGGCAGUUAGGCCUAUUUGGUUAUACAGCUUAUUCUCCAACGAAGUUUGCUCUUCGAGGGUUGGCUGAAGCCCUGCAAAUGGAGGUAAAACCUUAUAAUAUCUAUGUGACAGUGGCCUAUCCUCCAGAUACUGACACACCUGGCUUUGCAGAAGAAAGUAAAACAAAGCCCUUAGAGACGAAGCUAAUUUCUGAAACCUCAUCUGUUUGUCAAGCAGAACAAGUCGCCAGAGUUAUAGUCAAAGAUGCCAUACAAGGGAACUUUAACAGCUCGGUUGGAUCAGAUGGUUAUAUGCUAUCUAUAUUGACAAGUGGAAUGUCACCAGUCACUUCUAUUACUGAAGGUCUUCAGCAGGUUGUUUGCAUGGGCAUUUUUCGCAUCAUUGGCUUAUUUUACCUAGGAAGUUUUGACAGCAUAGUGCGUCGCUGCAUGAUGCAAAGGGAGAAAUCCGAAAGUGCAGCUAAAACUGAGUAAUCUUUACUUUGAAUUGAAAGAAGAAUGUCAAACAGUGGUGGACAGCUUGCUGCUUAAGUGGGACUCAGAUUUUUUUCCUGAAGGAUUUAGACUGGAAGUAAUUGCAUAUGUGACAGAUGAGUCCCCUCAAAAGCUAUGAAAGAAAACAGAAGUGCAACUCCAGAAAAUGCCAAACUAUGCAAAAGUGUGAAUGAGGAUUAGAUUAUUUUUUUGGGUGAUCUGAGUUGGAGAGAAUCUGGGAAACUUGUAAGUGAUUCUGCAGAGUAGAAUUUGAGAAUGGACUAUGUGUGGUGAUUCUGGACAGAUGCUUAAGUUUUCUCACUUUGGUGCUUAUGGACAAAAGUAAGUACCAUGACAGACUGGGCUGAAGUAGAUUGAAGUCUCCUGAGCAAGU